ACUCUAUACCUUCCUCUCUUCAGCCCAAGUCCCAUAGGCGCUUGUGAUAGGCAAAAAUGUACCUUCCCCGCUCCUCUUGACAACCUUCAACCCAGAUAGCAGGUGAUAGCUUCAUGGGUAUACGAUAUCACACCUAUCUCGCAAGAUAUCCCUGUCUUUCUCGAGUUUGUGUUGUAUUACCGUAUUAACAGGACGUUGAUUUCCCCCCGAUUCUGCCGACAAUAUUAAUCCAGUGCACGCGAACAUUUCCCCGCACUUAGCCGUCGGUCGGUCGCAAAAUUUCAUCUGCCUCUACUACAGCCGAUGCGGGGCUCCAGCUGCAAAACCCCCUGGUCUUGUCUGCACAAAAAUACCGGAAACGCCGGAAGGAACGGAGUCGGGGCUUGCCUUUCCGACUUCCUCUCCACUAAGCUCAGGCCCUGCCCAAGACUCCAAGGCCCUGUAUCUACUCUCCGAGUGUAUUCCUUGCUUAUCCAACUCCCUUUAACAUCUCGAGUGUCCAAGUUGACUGACGGGUCAUUGCCAUCGUCAAAACUUCCAUCUUGUUCUUUGAAUUGGUCGCUCGUGUUUUUCGUUUUGAUUCUUUUUGCAUCGGUUGUCCUCCUGUUCAUCAAGCUCAUAAUACUGACGAUUAGGUUUAAAGGAUUGCCUGCGGCCGCAUCCCUCGUGAUUCUCCGGAAGCCUACGCAAGCUCUUCUUUCACGGCUUCCAUCGUGCGAGAUCUCGCGUCUCUCAUUCAUAGGCGGCGCUGGAUACAAUGCUUUGCUGACGGAAGUCGUAGGGGACGUCGUAGAUUGCUGCAGAAUCGUGCAGAGCAAAGCUGAAGCGAUCGAAUAUACUAGCGAGACCGACGCCAAUACCGUAUACCACGGAAGGUGUAAGGAUGCUUCUCGUUCGAUCUUGAUCGAAAAUAACCUCAAAUUGAAGACUUCUUAGCAAGGGGGUUGGAAUGUACGGUCGGGGCGCCCGCCGGUUAGGACAUACAUGCGCCCAUAAUUCUAGAUGAACGA